GUUUUUAAUUUUUUUAAAAACAAGUUUUUUUACGUUUUUUGUUUUUUUUUGUUUUUUUAAAUAGAAUUUGUUUAUAUUUUUUUACAAUUUUUUGUAUAAGUUAGAUUAUUUUUAUUUUUUUGUAUUAUUACAAAUUAAAAUAUGAUUAUCCUAUUAAGUUGUGGUAAGGGUAGAAUAUGAAGAUAAAUUAUACUUUAGUUCUAUUUGGGGAAGAUAAAUAACAUUAUCCUAUUUGUGCAUUUAAGGAUUAAUUUAGUCCUAUUUAGGGCUAUUAUCUCAUAUAUCCACUCGGCAAUUCAAAUUCAACAAUUUGAAACGUCCCAAUUCAGCUUAAAAGCUACUAUUUUAUUUUCAUUAUUAAGAUAAUAAUAGUACAUUUCAAAAUUGUUGUCCACAAAUUAAAUGACCUUUUAACUUGAGAUAUUUUCCCAUACACUUUUAGAUCAUUCCGUGUGGGCCUGAGUGUAUGGAAUAAUAUUUCAAGCUAACUUACGUGAUACUUGAAUCAUAUUUUUGUCUGAGGCUAAAUAUAUAUCUGAUCUGUUACAUCGUUUUCAUCUUUAUACAAUCAAACCAGUAUGUACCCCACUUCCUUCCUUAAUCACCCUUUCUCUCACAAAUGGAGAACUUUUAUCUGAUGCUACUGAGUACCGCAGUAUGGUAGGGACUCUUCAGUAUUUGAUUAUAACUAGACCUGACAUUACAUAUGCUGUUCAUAUGGUGUCUCAGUUUAUGCAUGCUCCACGUACCGCUCAUUUAUUAGCUUUCAAGAGAAUUUACAGAUUGGGCAGGUUGCCCGGACAUCUCUCGUUUAUCUACAGGUUAUGCGGUUUUUUGGGCUCUAAUUUGAUCUCAUGGCGAUCCAAGAAACAACCCACCGUUUCCAAAUCUUCUACUGAAGCUAAGUACAGGGCUAUUGCUUAUAUUGUUCAGGACACCUUAUUUAUACGUUCACUAUUGGCCGACAUUGGUAUCCGUAUUUAUGCUCCGGUCCAGCUUCAUUGUGAUAAUGUUUCUGCAUCCUAUUGGUCGUGAAUCCUAUUCAGCAUCAUCGCAGCAAUCACAUCAAAAUUGAUUAUCAUUUUGUUCGAGAAUGCGUGACUCAUGGGGAUCUUGUUGUCAAGUAUAUUUCCACACAGUUACAGUUAGCUGAUAUAAUUACUAAGAAUGGUCAGUGUUUUGAAUUUUUGUGUGUCAAUCUGCGCGUUAUUUCCCCUGCACAGAUUGAGGGGUGUAAUAAUGUAUUAUCUCGGGACUCCUGUGUAAUUUCUAUAACUCUGUUUUAUUAUAAAUUUAAGGCUAAGGCACCCAAUAUGGUAAGC